AUGCAAGAUUUCGAUUUAAUUAAACUUAUUAUGUCAUUAGUACUUUUAAUUCCAAUUUCGGCAAUCGGAUAUAAAUACUUGUAAACAUCAAAUAUUCGAGCUUUGAAAUUGUCCUUACUGUUUUAGCUAACAUUAAUCAUAUGGAAUUAGAUGGAAAAUAUUUAAAUGAUAAAUUUGAAAAAGAGAUGUAUAAAUUAAGUUUUUUUAAAUAAAAAUUAUGAUUGGUUGAUUAAUGAAUAUUUGGAUUUAAAAUUACAAUAUACAACCUCCUAAUUUAAUUUUAAUAAAUUUGAUUCAAAUAAAAUAAAAAAGAGAAUGGCAGGAAAAUCAGGAAAGGGAAUAGGAAAAGUUAGUGCAAAGAGACAUGCAAGAAAACCAAAUAAAGCAUCAAUAGAAGGAAUAACUAAACCAGCAAUCAGAAGAUUAGCAAGAAGAGGAGGAGUGAAAAGAAUUUCAUCUUUCCUUUAUGAUGACUCAAGAAAUGUAUUAAAGAGCUUUUUGGAGAAUGUUGUUAGAGAUGCUAUUACAUACACAGAACAUGCAAGAAGAAAAACUGUCACAGUAAUGGAUGUAGUUUAUUCAUUGAAAAGAUAAGGAAGAACACUUUAUGGUUUUGGUGCAUGAGUU